AUGGAUGAUAUAACCGAAGAGACACUUGAACGCAUUCUACGGCUUCAUAGCUUCUUAAUUUUACCAGCGUUCCAAAAGCGAUCGAAACCAGGCUUCACGGAAGCUCUCACAGCAAUACUUACAAGGAGAGGACUAGCGGUCGACCCAGAGAAGCUCAACGGCUGUGAAUUUUACGGACCACUGGAUUGGGUGACUGGACAGCACCUCACAUCAUUCGAAAUCAAAGAUAUCGCGCGUAUAAUCAACUUUCCUUUACCUGCUCAACGAAAAAGGCCGGAGACAGCUGCACAAGCUGUGCCUGAGGUGCCUACGCAAGCGGGGACGAAAACGGAAGGUACGACCGUUAUCGAAUCUACAACACUAUCAUCAACCCUAACCCCCAUCACAAUGAGCGAACCUACUCCAGUACCAGGAUGGAUUACCUCCAUCUUUCAAACUAAUAUUCAACCGCAUAUUUCCUACUCCAAAACACAAUACAAAAGAGAUGCGGUCUACAUCUUGACAUUACUGCGGCGUAUUUCUGAAGGACAACAGACGCAAUUCGCGGGACUCAUCAGGGAAACCGAUUAUACGCAGGCUCGGGCAUUAGCUGCGUGCAUGGAUACUGCAAAAUAUGAGGAGUUUUUAGCAAUGGCACGGGACGCUAUCAACAGCUCUGGAUAUCCCGCUAAUAACAUCGAGACCUUCCGACUUUUUAUGGAGAGAUUCCGCGCCGGACCAUCUGAACGGGCUCCAACGGAGAUGGACGUAGCCAACGGCCAACCCGGGACAGAUACAGGAAACUAUCCAGAAGAACGACGGGGCCAACUCGAAGCGAUCGAAUCACGUGAACCGUCAGGUAGACGGGAAAGUGGUUCAAGUGGACAGUCUCAUCGAAGUCGGAUACCCAGUGAGCCUGAUGACUCAGAUGAAUCAUCCUCAGAAUCAGACGUUUACCAUAGACGACACCGUCACCAAGACCGACGCGACAAUAGACGACACCGGAAUUCCUUACCUACCAAUCGACGCCCAUGUAAAUCACUGAAACCAGAGGAUGUUAUGCUUUUCGACCCUAAGAAAAAUUCAGUGGUCUCCUUCACCAAACGAAUUAGGCAGCUUUCUAGAUCAUAUGGAAAGGAACCAGUUCUCGAUGUCAUACCUUUGUGCUUACGGGGCGAUGCACGUGAUUGGUACACGCAUCUUUCUGACAGAAUCACAGAUACAAUGCAGGAAUCCCUUACGGAGUGCAUCUUUCAAUUAGAACAGCAUUUCAAGAAGAGCUCAUUUGAAGCGCGACGAGAGGCUGAUAAGCUCAAAUUCCGUUUCGCAAAGGAGAAAGACCUGCCACUAAGAGAGUAUGUAGAAAGGAAGGUCAUGCUCCUCCAGGAAGCCAACAUCAAGGAGGAGGACGAAAUCGUCACCAGAGUCUGGGAAAAUCUUGACCCAGUCAUCAUGAAUACAAUAAGACCGGAGGACCUGUCCCUCGACGAGUUCACCAGACGACUGUUUCUACGGGAAGUCCCAGCUAGACUUGCUUGGAACCAACUGAACCGAUUCGCUCCUACAUAUACCUCACCCAGAGCAUAUCCUAAAUCCAAGUACAAGGACGACAAACCUGAACGUCAGAAGGACAAGGAAACCGAAAAGGACACCAAGAAAGGAAUUCCUAGUAAACGCGAACGACUACGUGACUGCCGACACUGCGGAGGUCCUCAUUGGGACUUCGAUUGCCCGACUCGACGACCAACAGUGAAAGCAUAUCUGGUCCAUGCCGGAGAUACCGAGGACUCUCUUUCUGAAUCCGAUAAAAACGCAUUACGCGAUCUGCGAAAGCAUAGGGAAAUAGACUCCGCCCCAGCGACUUGCUGUCAAGCCGGAAUAUUACACACCACAUCAGUAACCCAUUAUGAAUUAUCAGAAAAGAAAACAAAGAAAACAGAAGGACAACCCGGACGACAGUACCAAAACUAUUCACACGUCACAGCUAUUACAGCUACACCAUCCAGAUAUGACUUAGAAUUCUGCGGAGACACAGCAUCUUCCAUUUCCAUGAUAUCGAAACAAACGCUAUAUCAUUACUGGCCAAAAGAAGAGAAAAUUCCAAUAACGAACACGCCAAUCGGCGGCAUUGCUAGCAGCAUCGAAACAUCUGCAUACGUUAACCUAACCCUAGACCUUCAAACAACAGCAGGUCACUCAAUCAGCAUUCCAGCGGAAGUUCAUGUGGUGGAGAACCUAAGCUGUGACUUGUUGAUCGGACUGAAUGUUUUGAAGAAGGAGGGUGUGACCAUAGACCUUAAGAAUGAUUUGCUACGAAUACAUGGCCAGAAAGGGAAUGUACGGAUCCGAUGCAAUAGAGGAAAAAAGAUGAAAAAAGUUGCUAUAUACGCCACGGCCACAACUGACAUUCCUUCUGGAAUACAGAAAGGCGUCCCGGUGAUGAUUGGAAGACGAGGCCACCACAAAUUACCAUACACUAAGAGAGGAUACCUUUUCCAACCCGAACCAAAGAUCGACCUAGCAACCGAAACCUAUGCAUCAGCUCCAUGGGCGCUACUGACAACUGACACCACAGUCAUACCUGUUGCGAAUCUAGGGAAAACGGAUAUCAAGAUAGCUAACAAAAAGCUGGUCGGAUGGCUACAAGAAGUCCCUCCACAGUCCCACCGUAUCAUGUCAAUGUUGACAGAUAACGAGACUGAAUUGAUGGAAGCUUCCGAUGACCCAAUUCCAUUCCAAACAGGUUUUCAGGAUGAUCCAACAAAUGUCGAACUAGCUGACAUAUCCGACGAAUUUGGCCCAGAAAUCAAGGAAAAGGUUAUACAACUGUUGAAACAACACGGCCAACUCUUCCGAUCGGAGUUAGGACUCCUGAGAGGUUCCAGGAUGCCAAUUCCAUUCAAGGACAACAACCUCGACGGUUUGAAAACUAGCCCAUAUCAGAUGAGCCACAGGGAUAGGGCCGCUUCCAAUGAGAUUUUAGAUGCUCUACAGAAGGAAGGAAGAAUUGAACCAGUCCCAGAAAGUGAAACAUCACCAAUAGCUUCACCCGGAUUCAUUGUCUGGCAAAAUGGCAAACCACGAUUCGUAGUAUACAUGAGGAAGGUCAAUGCAAAGUUACUACUCAAUUCUUACCCACUCCCACGACAGGACGACGUCUUCGAGGCGGUUGGUGGCUCCUGCAUAUUCUCAUCGAUGGAUAUCAGGAAAGGGUUCUUUCAACAACCCAUAGAUGAGAAAGAUCGUUGGAAAACUACAUUUGUCACACCACAUCGCGGACUUGAAAGACUAAAGGUAUCCACCAUGGGCUUGGCUACAACACCUUCAUUUUUCCAGCAACGGAUGGAGAAUAUACUCAGACCAUACCUAUGGAAAACAGUUAUAGUGUACAUAGACGACAUAAUAGUUUUUUCCAGGUCACCUGAUGAACAUCUCAACCACUUGGAUGAAGUCCUCACCUUACUACGACAGUCUGGACUGACACUACAGGUCUCCAAAUGCCACUUCGCCUAUGGCUCCAUCAAAGCAUUGGGUCACUAUAUAUCAAGGCUAGGACUGGUAACAGAUGAAGAGAAAAUCGCCGCUAUCAAGGCGCUGGACUACCCCAACACACUUUCAGAAUUGGAAACAGGACUCGGGCUAUUCAAUUACUACCGAAAAUACUGCCUUGGGUACUCAUACAUUGCGGACCCCUUGGAAAAGUUGAAGACAAGGCUACUGAAAGGAGCACCAUACAAAGGCCGUAAGAGGCGGAACUUUGCAGCAAAACAAAACAUGACAGAGUUUGACGACGACUGCAAAGGAGCAUGGGACGCUCUCAAAGACACAUUAGCUGAAGCCCCAGUCCGAUUCCUUCCAGACCUUACGAAACCCUUUCUGCUGUACACAGAUGGCUCAAAGGAGUUUAGCUUUGGAGCCGCUUUGCACCAGGUCGACGAGAACGGUAAGGAACGUCCAGUUCUAUUCCUUUCAAAGAAACUGUCGCCAGCCGAACAAAACUACUGGCCAACAGAAUUAGAGGUUGCUGCCGCAAUAUGGGCGAUUGCAAAACUGCGACAAUACCUGGACGGAAACGAGUUCACGCUAUACACAGACCACGCCGCGAUACAAGGUCUCAUGCAAUCCGCGAACCCACAUCGAAAAAACCAGAGACUCACUAGAUGGGCCUUAUACCUUGCCCAGUUUAGCAAUAUGAAGGUGGUUCAUCGUCCAGGACGAGUCCAUCGUAAUGCCGACGCGUUAUCUCGACUCCAACAGAAACGAAACAAGACCAACCAGGAAAGCCAAGAACAACAUAAAGAUACUAUUCCUACUACCUUUAUAGUUAAUGUUAUAUCAAUGGAUCCACAAUUACGAAAAAUUCUGACCUCCGCACUACCAGACGACAGACACUUGGGGCGAAUCUACAAAAAUUUACGCGACAUAGCCAACCAGAUGAAGGAACGAGCAGAACCGGGAAACCCAAUCAAGAACGGAUUCAAACUCGACACUGCAACUGGGCUACUAUAUAUGACACGGGAAAACAUAGAGAGACUAUGUAUUCCAGCUAAAGCCCACAAGCUCGUUCUCAUGGCCGCUCAUGAUCAUAAGGGACACCCUGGUAUCCAAAAGACACAGGAUAGGCUCCGGAAAACCAUUUAUGUUCCCCGGCUGAAGGCGCUGGUGGAGUCGUAUGUCCUAGCCUGCCCAGUCUGUAAAGCAUCCAAAGAAGACAGACACCAACAAUAUGGUCAGCUCAAUCCAAUCACCACACCAUCUCAACCAUUCGCAGUGAUCACAAUGGAUUUCAUAACAGGUCUGCCAAAGUCUAAGAGCAACCACGACACACUCAUGGUCACGGUUGAAAAGUUCACAAAAGCUAUCAAGCUGAUCGCAGGCUCCACUAAAUACACGGCGGUAGAAUGGGCUAAGGCAUACUUUAAAUGCAUCUAUCCAUCCUGGGGUUUACCACAGGUGAUCAUAUCAGAUAGAGAUGCCAAAUUUACCUCAGAUUUCUGGUCAUACCUAUUCCGCAGGGCAUCAACGAACCAUAUGGGAGGAUUAUUGCCAGACGUAGAGCAUUUCUUGAUGACAUCCAAGAACGAAACAACUGGGAAAACUCCAUUCGAAUUGCUUUAUGGAGUCGAAGCUAGGUCGGAAUUCAUUCCACAAGGAGAAUACCGAUAUGACUCCGCCGACGAAUUCAUCAAAGAGAGGGAACGCAUCCGUUCCGAAGCGGCAGACGCAAUACAAUACGCACAGAGCCGAAUGGCCUUCUACUUUGAUCAAAAGCAUAAACCAGUGGAACUGAAGGAGAAAGCAUACAUCCGCCUUACGAGAAAACCAGGACACAAUGGUUACAAGAUGGAAGGCGCAAGCUGCCUGUCUCCCGUGAAGAUGGGGCCCUUUCCCAUCAAAAGAAGAGUUGGCAAUCUUGCAUACGAGAUGGACCUGCCACCGGACCUACGCAUCCAUCCUAUUAUUUCUGUCAUCCACCUUGAACAAGCACCAAAAGAUGAAUGGGAAAGAUCCAUUAUAACGACAAUCCCACAGGAUGUUCACCAAAUCCGACUGCCAUUCGAAGUUGAGGAAAUACUAGAUAAAAAGGUAAUGCCUAUUCAAUCCGGUUCCAAACGCAAAAUCUGGUUCUAUCUUGUCAAGUACAAAGAUGUCAGGAACACUAGUUGGCAACCUGCAGCGAUCGUUUCCACACAAUCCCCUGAACUUGUCGCACGAUUUGAGAAAAAGACGGCACCACCAGAAACGAACGGGGAAUCUGGCACUCAAGACCGAGAACCCAGAUUCCACCCCCAAUCAGGAUAACAGCAAUAUCUCCUUAACCCAGUAUUCAUACACGUCGCAUCCCAGUCAUCUCCUACCGCCAUUCACUCACUUCACUCCAACUUGAUUAUGUUCCUAGAUAGCCAGGCGAUGCUUCCUAUAUUACCUUAUAUCUUUUCACCACGGUGAGGCCACCUUUUUUCUGGGGCGGCAUUCUGUCACGUGACACCACUUAGUUAGUUA